CAGAGCACAAACACAGCCAUUCUGUGUAUGUGAGGAUUUAAAUACCCUGCACCACCCUUUAUUUCACCUUUACCGCUCAACAAAGGCUGCAGCAACAAUGGAAGACCAGAAAUACCUAAGAGUCCUUCAUCCCAACGUCCGAGGGCAGUCUCGGCUCUUGGUGUCUUCAAGUGGCAAUCUUUCUCUCAAUGUACAAAACAGAGGCAAAAAGAGAAAAAAUGACGAAAACCAAGGCUCUGCAAAAUGCAAGCGUAAGGAUGGAAUCUUCAUAGACUCAGACUUAAAGAAAGCUGUAAAAACUGCAUCAACAUCUACUCAGACGGACUCACCUCAAAAUGCUGCAGAGGUACCACCCCCUGCAAGCCCUGCACCCACCACCUCCAAACAGGCAACAAUUGACAUGCUCACCAAUGACACUGCUCCAGCUGACUACUGGGAGGCGUUAGCAGAGAAAAGGCGGGAGGCACUGGAGGACACUCUACAGGAAAACCAAAAGCUUCAUGAGAAAAACAAAGAACUUGAGAGUGAGAUUUCUGUUUUGAAAGAAGAAAAUAAGCAAUUGGAAGACAUGGUGGAAGAGGCCAAGCAGCUGGCUGCUCUUGUGCAGUCUGUUACAGGAGGAGAAGAAGCAGCUGAAUAGAACAUAUUUCAAGAGGGAAGAGUCCAGCUAGUCUAGAUUUCCUUCACUUUUAAAACUGACAAUUGUUUGUGAGAACAUCCUAGUAAUCACAAAUUUGAUGUGAUAUGAUUUUAGGAACAUUCUGUGAAUUUGUAUGUGACACUUAGGCUAUUUAUUGAGAUGAAUACUGUACCUAUAUUUUUUACUGAUGAUGGAACUGCUUAAUAAAUUAGCUUUUUUUUUUUUUU